UUUCUGCCUUGGGCCUCUUUUGUCACAUAUUGCUCAUCUGUGAGUUGAAGCCCUGACUCCCUUCUCACUGAAGGAAAAGUCAUUUCUCUCUGAAGAUGAACUUCACGGGCCACCUUCAGGACGCUCCCAACGCCACCUUGCUCCAUGUGCCUCACUCCCAGGGAGGAAACAGCACUUCUCUCCCAGACGAAAUCCAGGAACUCAUCCACACAGCCACCUUGGCAACCUGUACUUUUCUACUCACCAUCAUCUUCUGCCUGGGCUCUUAUGGCAACUUCAUUGUCUUCUUGUCCUUCUUCGAUCCAGCCUUCAGGAAAUUCAGAACCAACUUUGAUUUCAUGAUUCUGAACCUGUCUUUCUGUGACCUCUUCAUUUGUGGAGUGACGGCCCCCAUGUUCACCUUUGUGUUAUUCUUCAGUUCAGCCAGUAGCAUACCGGAUGCUUUCUGCUUCACCUUCCAUCUCACCAGUUCAGGGUUCAUCAUCAUGUCCCUCAAGACAGUGGCAGUGAUUGCCCUGCACCGGCUCCACAUGGUGUUGGGGAAGCAGCCUAAUCGCACAGCCUCUCUUCCCUGCACCUUGCUCCUCACUCUGCUUCUCUGGGCCACAAGUUUCACCCUUGCCACCCUGGCCACCUUGAAAACCAGCAAGUCCCACCUCUGCCUUCCUAUGUCCAGUCUGAUUGCUGGAGAAGGGAAAGCCAUUCUGUCUCUCUAUGUGGUCGACUUUACCUUUUGUGUUGCUGUGGUGUCUGUCUCUUAUAUCAUGAUUGCUCAGACCCUGAGGAAAAAUGCUCAAGUCAGGAAGUGCCCCCCAGUAAUCACAGUUGAUGCUUCUAGACCACAGCCUUUCAUGGGGGGCCCUGUGAAGGGAGGGGGAGACCCUGUCCAGUGUACCAUGCCGGCUCUGUACAGGAACCAGAAUUACAACAAACUGCAGCAUGUUCAGACCCAUGGAUACACCAAGAGUCCCAACCAGCUGCCAACCCCUGCAGCCAGUCGGCUGCAGCUCGUGUCGGCUGUCAACCUCUCCACGGCUAAGGAUUCCAAAGCAGUGGUCACUUGUGUGAUCAUUGUGCUGUCAGUGCUGGUUUGCUGUCUUCCACUGGGGAUCUCCUUGGUACAGGUGGUCCUGUCCCGCCAUGGCAGCUUCAUCCUUUACCAGUUUGAACUGUUUGGAUUUACCCUCAUAUUUUUCAAGUCAGGGUUAAACCCUUUUAUAUAUUCACGGAACAGUGCAGGACUGCGGAGGAAAGUGCUCUGGUGUCUCCAAUACAUAGGCCUAGGUUUUUUCUGUUGCAAACAGAAGACUCGACUUCGUGCCAUGGGAAAAGGGAACCUUGAAGUCAACAGGAACAAAUCCUCCCAUCAUGAAACAAACUCUGCCUACAUGCUGUCGCCCAAGCCCCAGAAGAAAUUUGUAGACCAGGCUUGUGGCCCAAGUCAUUCCAAGGAAAGUGUGGUAAGUCCCAAAAUCUCUGCCGGACACCAACACUAUGGUCAGAGCAGCUCGACCCCCAUCAACACGCGGAUUGAGCCUUACUACAGCAUCUACAACAGCAGCCCUUCCCAGGAAGAGAGCGUCCCACAUAACCUACAGCCAGUAAACUCUUUUGGAUUUGCCAACUCAUAUAUUGCCAUGCAUUAUCACACCACUAAUGACUUAAUGCAAGAAUACGACAGCACUUCAGUCAAGCAGAUUCCAGUCCCCUCUGUUUAGAGUCAUGGAGGUCAGAGAAUCUUGUGUAAACUGUUUUAGUUUCUGAUACUAAUUGAUUUUCUUUUCACUUUUGUGAGACCAGUGGUAGAUUAAAACUUAAAAAUUCAGCUAAACAGUUGGCAGCUAAUUCUUUUGUCUGAAGUGUUCGCAUCUGUUGAUUUGCUUUGUGGUUUCUUGACAUUUUAAGAUUUGAUGUAAAAGUUUAUGAUUUAGAUUUUACCUUGACCUGUGCUUCAAUCUUUUGUACUGAACCUUUAUAUAGAUACCAAGAAUGCUUAUGCUACUAUGUUAGAAAAUAAACUGAUCUUGAUCAUUUGAAUCAGGGCUUGGGGUCUUCAAAGUUCUUAUGAGCUGGCUUUUGUACAGAAAGUAAAGAGAUGACCUUUACUGAGGUAUUACUUUUGUAAUGUUGAAUUACAAAUUUUGAUUCCUUGAAGUAGGGAAAUGGGGAACAGUACACUUUUUUGGUAGCAUGCUUAUUUAAAUAAAUACUAUGGUGUUAAAGCAGAAAAUCAGAAAUAUAUUACCUAUAACUAUCUUUACCAAAAAUAUACAGGCAAUAGGUACUUUCCUUUGAUAAGACAGUAAACCAAGAAUAUAGUAUUAAGCCUAUUACCAUUUCUUAUUAUAGAAAUUAAUUUGUGUCAGUUGAGGAACUCUAUACUUCUUUAUUUUAAAAAGAUGUUUUUGGUUGCCAAAAAUAAGUUAUUGUUUUUGGAAUGAUCUUACUCAAGGAUACCAGUGAAGAGAACUACAUCAGUAGUAGAGGGAUGCUACUACUGGGAGAGUAGACAUGAUCACAAUCUCAAUUGGGGUGUUGUGCUGUGAGAAGCGAUCUAGACUGUUGUUUUAUGUUAAAUGAUCUCUGUUUUUGCUCAAGAGGGCAUUAGGAUGUGAUUGACAGAGUAUUUUAAUUUAUAUUUUCCUUUUUGUGUGAGAAGGGUUUGUUGAUAUGACAGAGUAUCCAAAUACUUAUUUAGAAUUUUGUUUGUUUUUUUAUAUUACUGUGAUAGAAAAAGUCCUAAUCAUCCAUUUGCAACCUCAGUGUAUUAUUUUUCUCCCAUUCUGAAACUGGAGAUGGAUCAUAAGGAAAAACAUUAUUUCUAUAGCUAAACCUAAUUUUAUUAUAUAUUCUGUGGUUCCUAGCAUAAGAACUGUAAAGUCAUAUUUUUAUGUCAAAAUAUUUCCAUUAUAUAGUUAACAUUUGAACUUGCUACAGUUUUGGAACUGUAACCACUAGACACAAGAUGAGCAUUCAGAUACAAAAUUUAUCUUUUUUUUUUAUUUAAUAAAUUUUAUUUUUAUAUUUCCCGUACAAUUGCAACCCCCCCAUUCUGACCCCAAUCCCUCCCCCAAAAUUUAUCUUUAUAAAUUAUAUUCUAGAAUUGUUAGUGCAGAUUAGAAGGUAGUUUUUUCCUUUGAUGAAAGGCAUUCAAUUUAUAGCACCCUCCCCUGACUGUUCCCAAACACAGCGGUCAUGAGAGGCAAGGAGAAGACAGUAGCUGCUCAGCUAGGACUCGGCUAAGCUUCACCUAACAAUUCUUACCUUCCAGUAUCAGCCAGUCAUUUCUAUUUCUGAGAUCUAAGUAUGAGAUAUGGAUUUUAUUUUGUUUUUAAAUGCACCUUGUGGACACUCUCCUCUCUUCCUUCUCUCCGGUCUUCCUUUAUUUUUGCUAUUCAAUUUUAUAAGAGAAAAUAUCCACUCACUUUUUUUUGUAAUUGAAUGCUAUUUUUAGAAGUCAUUAUAAUCUAUUUCAAUCGUGCUUUUAUAUUUUUAAUACAACACUUCUCAUUUAUUAGUACUCCCACGAGGUAGGUUAAUAUAUUACCUCUUUUUAACAAAAGAUAAAGAAAUCUAAUAUCCUCUCCCAAGAUCAUUUGAAGAAUUAUGACAAAUUAGAAAUUAGACUUUUGUCUAAGUCUAAAACCUAACAUUUAUUCUAAUAAAACACACGACUUUAUGAUUAACAUUAUACAGGAAGAUAUUUCACACUUUGUAGGUAUGUGUCUAUUUUUUGGCCAGGAAUUUCAAAUGUGAUUAUAUAAAAUAUUUUUAAAAGUAAUUUCUACUUGUAAAAUUAAAAAUGACAGAUUUCCUGUGUGACUCAUCUUUGAGAGGUAAAAAUUAUAGCAUAAAGAAAACUCGGCAUGUGCAUAUGAGGUAUUCAGUAUUUUUAUGCUCAUUAAGUAAUUAUUGAUUUAACUUGCAUGAAAUACAUAAUGGGCUAGAUUCUUAGCCAACCUCCAAAUCUAUAUCUAUAUCUACAGACAUAGAUAACUUCUCUUUUCAUAAGGGCUAAAAUGAGAACAAAAAGUAAGGAGAAUUCAGUGAAUAUGACUAAUUAAUUAGCAGGGUACAUUAAUCAGUUCUCUUGAUGCUUUACUGUGAUGCAAAGUAUGUGAUGUAUUUCAAUCAUUUUAUAAUUGUUCUGAUGUUAACCAUUAGGCCAGAUUUGUAUUUCUGAUGCUUUUAAUGUUCUUUUAAAAUAAUGUUUGGAAAAUAAAAUAUUGAAAAUCCUAACACUUCCGAACAUCAGAAUGUAAAUAUGAUGACUUGUCUGUCCAUCAUUUGAAAUCAUCA